GAGCUGAGGUCUAUGGCACCAUUCCCCUUCUCCCUCCACCCCCUUUCAACUUGAUGUGACGUUUAAUAGACUUUAGUGCAAUACAUGAGAAGGUCCCAACAUGGAAGCGCUUCCUGUACGAGUUUUCGAAGAGGUAAAACGUCCAUACAGCUACAAUGAUUUAGUAGACUUGCGCGGCGUGCUUCAGGGCAUAUAUAUGAUAUUUCCAUCACGGCACCCACCCGAUUGUCGAAGCCAUACAAUGCGCUUGCUUACCUAAGUCGCCGAAGACAACGCUGAUAGCUUUCGCAAAGUAUAUCCUUUAGC